UUCUUGACCAGCUGUUUGGGCAUCAGUUGAAUUUCUUGGUUUCUCGUGUUCUUUGGGUUUCAGGGGGUUGUCUGUGUGUUUGGGAUUUUUUAUUUUAUUAUUUUUUUGUUGUUGUUGAGAAAAUGGCAGCUUUAAAUGAAAAGAAGACCUGCAGCCAACGGAUGGAAAAUUUCAACCGUUUCGUCUGGAAUCCAGAUACAAGGCAGUUAAUGGGAAGAACCUUGAUUAAUUGGGUGUGGAUCAGUCUGUACUACGUUGCUUUCUACAUAGUGAUGACUGGGCUGUUUUCACUCGCCAUAUAUUCCUUAAUGAGGACAAUCAGUCCAUAUACACCGGACUAUCAAGAUCGAUUAAAAUCACCAGGGGUAACAUUACGUCCGGAUGUCUAUGGUGAAGGAGGAUUAGAAAUUUAUUACAACGUCUCUGACAAAAACUCCUGGGAGAAAUAUGUAACAACUCUUCAUAAAUUUCUUUCGGCAUAUAAUACAACUGCACAACAUGCCAACAUCAACUGCACAAGUGAGAAAUACUUCUUUCAAAAAUCAUUCCUUGGUCCAAACAAAACAAAACUCUCCUGCAAGUUCACAUCAGAUAUGCUUGAAAACUGCUCUGGACUGGCAAAUUCCACUUUUGGAUUUCCAGAAGGAAAACCAUGUUUAAUUAUAAAAAUGAACAGAAUUAUCAAUUUUCUCCCUGGCAAUGGCACUGCACCAAGGGUGAGCUGUACAGCUCAACAUGAGGACUUCAGCCCACUUGAACUACAAUAUUACCCAGUCAACGGCACCUUUAACCUUCACUACUUCCCUUACUAUGGAAAGAAAGCACAGCCCACCUACAGUAAUCCUUUGGUAGCAGUGAAAUUUCUCAACAUUACAAGGAAUACAGAAGUUACCGUUGUGUGCAGAGUCAUUGGAGCCGGAAUUACCUCAGAUAACCCUCAUGAUCCAUAUGAAGGAAAAGUGGAGUUCAAAAUGAGAAUACAAGAUUAGGUAUUACUGGUACAAACGAAGACAUUUCAGAAAAGUGGGUGUGGUAUGAAAAGUGACUUAAAUGUCACCACAUUAUUUUAUAUUUAUUUUUUUCCAUGAUUCCCA